AUGCAGGAGCUUCCGGGGGCCUCCGGCCCCCUGGACCCCUGGCCAGGGCUUGACGGGACCUACUGCCUAAGCUGUGGCAGUGACAAGAGCGUCAAGCUCUGGAACCCGCACAGAAACCUGCUGCUCAAGUCCUACAUAGGUCACGGGUUUGAGGUGCUGGAUGCUCAAGGGUCCAGCGACAACAGCCAGAUAUGCUCCUGCAGCAUGGACAAGACUGUCAUGGUGUUUGAUGUGGCCACUGGGAAGUCUCUCAGAAAAUACAGAGGACAUGCAGGCACAGUGAACUGUGUGCGGUUUAACGAGGAAUCCACCCUGGUUUUGUCUGGGUCCAUAGACAGUACCAUCAGGAUAUACGACCUCAAGUCUCGCAAGAUGGAACCUAUACAGAUACUGGAUGAGGCCAAAGAUGGUGUGACGUGUAUACAGGUAUCUGACCACGAGAUCCUGUCGGGCUCGGCUGACGGCAGAAUACGACGAUAUGACCUAAGAGUUGGCAAGAUGACUGUGGACUUGAUAGGAAAGUCUAUAACGAGCGUGACGUUCACACGUGAUGGCCAGUGUGUGCUGGUCUCCACACUUGACAGCAGUCUCAAACUCAUGGAUAAAGACACAGGGGAAAUGCUCAACGAGUAUGUUGGCCACACCAAUACCAACUACAGGAUAGACAGUUGCCUGAACAGCAAAGACACACACAUCUUGAGUGGCUCCGAAAAUGGCUCUGUUUACAUCUGGGAUCUCAUAGAGGGUAAAGUAGUGCAUCAUCUUCCACAUGAAGGUCAAAAAGUGGUACAUUCCUUGACCUUUCACCCGUCGGAGAACUGCUUGAUAACGGCAGCAGGAGACACAAUGUAUGUGUGGAAAUCAAGACAUGCGGCCAGUCUGGACACUUGAAGUACCGUGGCUGUGAUGUGGUACACAGUCAAGAUGUUAGGUUUGUGUUAGUAAUGGAAAACAGAAUAGGGCGAUGAGCAGAGUUCUGACCCAUAAGAAGUGCCAUGGGAAGUGGUUUAGGUGUAAUACAAGCAUUUGUUUAGGAAAAAGUCGAUUUGUAUUGCAGUUUGUUGUCGAAUAACCCAUGAUCGGGAUUGUAGAUUUAUAGGAAUGAAAUCACUAGUUAAAUGAAAAGAAAAGUACUCAUUUUUUAGUUACAAAUUUACUUAAAUAACAAAUUACAUUUAUCUAUA